AAUGUCCUUGGCACUACACGGUCGGAUACUUGUUGAACCACCUUCUCUGCUCGCUGCGGACUCAUUUAAUCCGCAAAAAAAGUUAUGUUUCCGUGCAGUAACUCCUCACAGCUGUGGUAGGUAGCCUACACUGACUGCGCUCAGCCGUCAGGUGCGAGCUGAGGGGGGCGUAGUGACAUCUGUUGUUGAGCCUCUUCACUCUCUCACCGGGUCGGACAGGAGGACACAAGCUCAGCUGACGAGGAGAAUUAAGUGUUACGUGCGAGGAACAGCUUUCUAAUCUCUGAUCUCUUGGAUAAUUCCUCCAAUGGACGGGAUUUAGCCGCAGUCCGUGGUUUUUGGCCACUAUUUUACGCACGCUGCGCGCCGUUUCUCCGCGGUCAUACUUGCGCCCUUGCCAUUUUCAUGAUGGAUUAAACGCUCAUUAGUUUUAGCCCACUUUUUUGGUUUGUUCUCUCUGAACAAUUGGGGAUUAUUAAUGGACUCGCAUCAUGCCAAAUGAUGAUGAUCUUUUGGUCACUGGAGCGCGCGGCCAUACGUUGGAUUAAGCGCCAGAGACUUUCCACAGCUCUUGGACCAAGCACCUGUUUAUUCUCCUGAGACACUUUGACCUGUUUUCCUCUAACUGACGCGCUGGGAUGGAGAGCGAGCUGAGACCUAGGCUCUGUUUCCUGACCAAAGGAGAGCGCGGCUAUGGGUUUCACCUGCACGGUGAACGGAAUAAAGGCGGACAGUUCAUCCGCAAAGUGGAGCCCGGCUCCUCGGCUGACCUGGCCGGGCUGAAACCAGGAGACCGGGUGGUGGAGGUGAACGGGGAAAAUGUGGAGAACGAAACCCACCAUCAAGUGGUGAAUCGUAUCCGUGAGGUGUCCCACCGCACCAGGCUACUGGUGGUGGACAGAGAGACGGACAGCUACCUCUUCAGCCGUGGCCUUGCCUGCAUCGAGGACCUGGCCAUUGAGAUGGGAACCCUCUCCCCGCGCCCCUCCCCCGCAGCCACCCCUUCCUCCUCUCCCAUACCCAGAGAGAAUUCACCCCUGUCACCCAAACCGAACCACACACACUCAGUUCACCCUCCUGCUGCAGACUCGCCCACUCACAUGAUCAUACAAGGCAAGGUCAAGAGGUCCUCAGUGACAUCAAGUACAGCAACUGACACAGAGGUAGAGCCCUCACCGGAGCCGACAGCUGAGCUCUUUCCCCGGCUAUGUCACCUGGUGAAGGGGGAGCAGGGCUACGGCUUCAACCUGCACAGCGAUAAGACAAAGCGUGGACAGUUUGUACGUUCUGUGGACCCCGGCUCAGCUGCUGAGAGCGCAGACAUCCGGCCUGGAGACAGACUAGUGGAGGUGAAUGGAGUGAACAUAGAGGGCCUGAGGCACUCAGAGGUGGUGGCCCUGAUUAGAUCAGGAGGGGACGAAGUCCGCCUCCUUGUGGUCGACCAGGAGACGGACGAGCUCUUCCACAGACUGGGGAUCACACCCACAGCCAGCCAUGUCAAAGAGGUCUACGUGGACGAAUCAGCAACAGAGAGCGCCCCACCUACCCCGUCCCCUGCCACUGAAAUCCUCGCCACAGACCCACCAGUCAUAAAUGUCACGCUGACAGACUCUCCAAUCACAAAAAUGUCUCCAAAGUCCCGGGCUAAUGGGAGUUCAGCAUCCCAGUCCUCUAGGAGUUCAACCACCCAGUCAGAGAUUAGCAGCUCAGAUAUGAGCAUCCAGGUCCCCGAUGAGGACGACAGACGUGUUUCGGACCCUUUCAUGGACAGUGGCCUGCGUCUGAGUCCUACGGCUGCUGAGGCUAAACAAAAGGCCCUUUCCAGCCGCAGUAAGAAAAGAGCACCCCCUAUGGACUGGAGCAAGAAACAAGAGAUCUUCAGCAACUUCUGACCCUAGAAUGCAGGGGAGCAAAGGAAAGAGUGAAGUGAAAGUGAAAGAGUCGGGUAGUAACAUUAAUUUAGUAACAUUCACAUAGUAAUAUUCUUUAAUUCUGUUCUGUGCAAAAACUCAUUAUAAGAUAUCAAAUAGUAUUCUCUAGAUACUUACAGUAUCUGAAAGGACAAGGACGUGUGGAUGUGUCAAACUUUACAACACACUGCACUAAGCAAGGACAUUAAUGACUAACUAGCACACCAUCAAUUGAGAGACUUGUCAAUUGAAAUGGUGCCUUGUCACUACACAGUGUUUCUCUUUAUUAAAUCAUAGUCAUUUCUAAGCCAUGAGUAGUGAGUCUGCAGCCUCCCAUUUGUGUAUCAAUGAGCAUUUGUCUGAUAUUAGGUCAUGUAUUUGCUGUUGAUGCUUUUCUGUUGUCACAUCUGUAGAUUUUACUGCUUUUGAACUAAGUUUUGUGAGUUUUGUGUCUUUUCAGUUUACUAUGAGCUCUUCAUCCUGCAGUAGUCGUCUCCAUGUUAAUGUUUUCUUUAAUGUCAGUUUAACGUAGCACAUAACUUAUAUAAAUAUAAACAGAGGAAAUGGGAGAGGCUAAGUUAUGAUAUGUAUGUUCGAUCACCUCUGUGCUUCUCUUGAUUGUCAGUGAUUUCUGUAAAGAAAAAUAUUUAAAUUGUUGACAACUAUUGACUAGAUAGAAAAAAAACUCUGCACCCUCUGAUCACUUCUUGUAGCUUUUAGAGGAAUUUUCUCUCAAAUGAGAGAUAAAUGGUGAAAUAAACUUUCGGAAUAUAAAUAUUCCCAUGGAAGUCCAGUACUCAUGUUAGGCCUUCCAUCAGGGAUAGGUGACACAGUUCUCUAGCUCUGACCUAACAUAUCCUUAAAUUGCCUUUGAAUCCUACACUCAUAUGAGCAAAGCACCGAUAAUCAGCAGCAUGACUCGGCUUUAUAUCUACAUUGUAUGUGCUCAGGUUAAACCACAUUGGCUCGCACAACUGGCCUGAUAGGCAGCUUCUUCUGAACGUCACGACCCACUCAGCUGCCAAACCACAAUCAGUGUUCAUCUGGUUCUGCUAGUCUUUCCAAGUAGACGCUAGUAGCAAACCCUGACCUCUAUUACCAAAGAAAAGAACCUGGUUUCAGUGUCAAGUUUUGUGUGUGCACGAGUGCAGUCAAGUCCACAGGGUCACCAGGUGGGCACAUCCUCAAGUUAUAUCCACAUUUGUCUAUAGCAUCACCAGCCACCAUCCUCACACAGCAGCAGGCCACCCUUUAUGUAUGAUUCUGUUUCAAGACCUGCUCUCUGAUUCUUGUCAGCAUGUUGUGUGCAAGUGUUUAUAAAUGACCUGCCAUGAAACAACAAAAUGUAAGACCUCAGCUAAGACUACAGUCUUACUUUGUCACUAUCUGAUCUAGACAGAGUUUGAAUGUCAACUCACAUCAGUACA